GAGCGCAGAUGGAGAUGUGCAGUCUGCAGGAGCGGAGGAUGGAGGAGGAGAGGGAAAGAAACAGGGGCACAGAUGCACGUUUAAGGUUGUGCAGCGGUUUACACUGCUGCACCUCCUGCAUCACUGUCGUCUCCUCUAACACGUUGUUACUCCCUUUAGGUGCCUGAUGAGGAGAUGAACAACACAGACACAAUCAGGAUCAACACAGGUAGAGCACUCAGUAACUCUGCAGGCCAAACUUAGUUGGUCUCUUGGUUUCUCCUAACACACAUGCCAGCUCCUUGUGGUCAACCCCUUUAAACACAUGAGAGGGAAGGAACACAGACAAACCAUGAAAAAGAUAUACAUUGGCAAAACUGCCUUAAGAGUCCCCCGAAAUGGCGGCAAACAUCCCAAAAAGAGCUCACUGCUGGAGCAGAAAGAGGACCUACGAAAACGGCUUUCCUACACAACACACAAGUUGGACCUCCUGCAGAGUGAGUUUGACUCAACGCGGCAAUAUCUGGAGACGGAGCUGCGCCGCGCACAGGAGGAGCUGGACAAGUUCACUGAUAAACUGCGCAGGAUACAAAGCAGCUACUCAGCGCUCCAGAGGAUCAACCAAGAUCUGGAGGAAAAGAUCCACAGAAAUUCUCAGCACCACGAGGAUGAAAAACGAGCCCUCAGCCGAGAGAUCAUUGUUCUCAGCAACCAUCUGAUGGAGGCCAAGCUCACCAUCGAGAUGCUCCGGCAGGACAAUGACCUGUACAGGAAGGAUUGUAAUCUGGCUGCUCAGCUCCUUCAAUGCAACAAGUCUUUAUACAGGGCAGAGCUAUCCGAGCUUCCUGAUGAUUUCCAACAAAGACUGACCAUGCACAUGGAGGAGUCGCCUCUCUGCCACACCUACACCGAAUCUGUUCCCGCUUCUCUUAUUGCCAAAGUUCUUGAGAAGCCAGAUGAGGCCUGCAGCAGCAGCCAGGCAUCUCGUUCCCCGAGCCCCCAAACACAGGACCAUGCUUUCAUCUUGGAUAGCUUAGGACCAGGAGAGCGCUUGGGGCUCCGGGGAACCUAUAAAUCAGACCUAUACAGCAGUGAUACAGCGCUGUACUGCCCUGAUGACAGGCAUCGUGAAAGGAGGCCUAGCAUGGACCUCCACGGUCAGAGGAAGCUGCUCUAUGGGCCGCAGAUCUCCACUGACAGCAACCCAGAGGAGGGUUCAGUUGGGUUGAGGCCUGGCUUUUCCCAGGAACACUUUGCUAAGUUUCCAGCAGUACUGGGUGCAGGUUCUAGUUCCUACUCCAGCUUCAGCGGAGGGGGGUCAGAGGACAAAGGGAAUGGCCCACCUAGCAGUGCAGCUUCCUCUCCGCGCCACCAUUCUCUGUAUAUGGACUGGAGAGAUGAAGGGGACUAUGAAAGAAAGAGUGACUCAUCGUGGGAGAGGGACAGUCCACAAGGUUUUGUCAAUGCACAUCCAUUUCAGCAGACAGAGCUGAGCCACCACCAGAAUGGAAGCUCACCAGUCUACAGCCGCACCAUGUCCUCCUGCUUCAGUGAACCAUAUGAGCCACUCCCUCCAUCCACUUCUCCCAGUGUUGCCUAUGGAGACAGUCGUCGAGGGAGCGCAUUAGCCCCUGAGGAAGAAGAGCUAACUGGGCGAUGGAGACAACUUAGUGUGGAGGACCUAAGUGCCCACACCUAUUGCAGCCCAGGUCGGGCCUCACCAUACAGUUUUUCAGAGCAACACUUCUCUGUCCGACCAGCGAAGGUCCGACUCGGUCCCCUCUACAGCAGUUUCCAGGAAGGAGCUGACUACUACCAUCAGGAAAUGGGUGUCAUGGACCAAGUAUGGGUAGCUGCCACACCUAGCCCUGAAUGCAGCCCAGGCCUGCGGCAGUCACACAGUCAGGCCCAUCUGUACCGAGCUGAGGACAGCCAAGGGUCGGAGCACAGCCUCUACCACUCAGGGAGCUCCAAAGACAGGGAGGGCAAUGUGCCACCUGGUGCCCAAAGCAAGGAUUAUAUAGAUCCCAGCCCCAACAGCUCCAACGAGUCUCUGCACCAGAGGUCCCUGGAGAUGCCUGCAGACCUACAGCACUAUCAGGUGGACAUGCACAGCUUGCCUGCUCAGGUGUGCCAUUCGCCACCUCCGCCGCCACCUCUGCCUCCUCCAUACAACCAAACAUUUGGCUCCCUGGGACUUUCCAGAAAGGACAGUCUGACCAAGGCCCAGCUAUAUGGAACACUUCUGAAUUAAAGCUUCUUUCCAAUCAGGUUUAUUGUUCGAGUUGAUCAUAGGUAAGGCUCUGGAACAUCUACGUUACAAGUAACAGGAUGGUCAUUUUAAUAGGAAACAAACCUGUGACCUGAUCUAGGGCCAAAGAAAUCAAAGUAACAACCGGGAACAUGCUUGCGUAAUUAUGGCAAUUACUCAAAAGCAUUGUUUGCAUUGCAGUGGUUGGCAAAUCUUUGAUUUUCUAGAGUACCUGAAUUCUAUGUGACGCAACUGUGGCACAAGAGUCAGUGAAGGUGCCCACUCAAUUAAAGGGCCUUGACAUUUUGGCAGAACAUGUAUGUAUUUAAAGUAAACAAUGUAUAAAUAUUUACUUAUUAAUAAAAACCGAUAUAUUUUGUAUGUAGGCAUUAGCAGGAAAUACAUCUAUAAUAUUCAAACAAAUGCAGAUCCUCUUGUUGAACACAGAUCUUGUAUAUAAAUUGAAAUUUCAAACUGCCAAUCCUACGUACGAACCUCAGAGAAGUAUUUUGAGACUUAACGCCCUCAUAAACUGCAGAUGUAUUUCAGCUGGUAUUUUAAAUUGGCUGACAUAUUCUUGGCCUUUUGAAGUUUUACUAUGAAUGUUUAAUAUAGAAGGACAAAUUAAUCAUAACGAGUAAUGAGAAAUUUUGUUUUGUUCUUCUGUUGAUGACAGUAUUGACGGGUGUGUUGUUAUUUAUAGAGCAUUUUGAAAUGUGAACAUCUGUCUUAGCAGUCAGUAUUACCUAAUUUUCCCCCCAUGUCCCAUGAGAGGUUUUCCCGACCCAUUCUACCUCAAAUUUGGAUUCCUGCACCCCAUCAAGCCACUGUAACCCAGUUUCUUUAACAAAAAACGCAUGUUUAUAUAUUUUGGUUGUUUUGAGCACCUAAUAAAGCACAAAUAUAAUCU